CCAGGAUGCCAGCUUGGCAAGCGCGCUGCCGGGUGCAAGUCUCGGGCCGAGCGCUCCUCGAACCGCAGGUGGAUCGGCAGUGUCUAUUUCUCCCCGUGGUAGCAACGAGCGCUUCCGUUCUGUGUGCAUUUCAGUAGGCGGGGCACUUCUUCAUGGAUCAACGCCUAAUCCAAGCGGGACAGUUCACGGAUUCAUAUUUGAUCAGAAUAAUUUUUCUUCUCACCUUUUGCUAGCCUCUUACACAAUUUCAUGUGUAUAAGCGCUGAAAUAAUCCGAACCGGAAGGAAUACGGGGUGCUUUGCAUUCAGGAAUACAGAAAAAAUAGCAAAGUGGAGUCAAGCACGCAUAACAGCUUCAUGGGCCUGAAGGAUCAUCUGGGGCAUGACCUCGGCCACCUUUAUGUGGAGAGCACUGACCCACAUUUAAGUACAUCUGUACCUUGGUCAAUGGUGGAAAAGCCAACGAUGGAUAAAGUUAAUUCCGGGAAGGAAGAGAAGGAGGCGUCUGAAGAGAACGUGAGCUCUGGUGACUCUGAAGAAAGCACAAAUUCUGAUAACGAGUCAGAACAAUCGAGAAGCAUUUCAGUAGAGCCGUGCUUAUUAACCAAGACUCACAGACAACUGUGUAGGUCUCCCUGCUUAGAGCCUCACCUACUUAAACAUGGUGACAUUUUGCAAGACUUUAAACCUGAGGAGUCCCAGACUACCUCCAGGGAAGGGAAGAAAGCCCCCGAUGUGGUGCGAGAAUACCGAACAAAACUAGAGUUUGCACUGAAGUUAGGCUAUUCCGAAGAACAGGUCCAGCUUGUGCUCAAUAAACUCGGUACCGAUGCUUUAAUCAACGACAUCUUGGGCGAGCUCGUCAAGCUUGGAAACAAAAGUGAGGCUGAACAGCCGGUUGGUAUGGCGAGCAGUCUGACGCGGGAGACGCCUUCGCUGGAGUCCCAGCGCUCGGACUCCCCGAUGCAGGAGCUCGUAGCGGACGAUGGGGAGAACCUGAGGCCGGUGGUCAUCGAUGGCAGCAACGUGGCCAUGAGCCACGGAAACAAAGAAGUAUUUUCCUGCCGGGGAAUCAAAUUGGCAGUGGAUUGGUUUUUGGAAAGAGGCCACAAAGACGUUACGGUUUUUGUUCCUGCUUGGAGGAAAGAGCAAUCCCGGCCUGACGCCCUGAUCACAGAUCAGGAGAUCCUGCGCCGGCUGGAGAAGGAGAAGAUCCUGGUGUUCACGCCGUCGCGGCGCGUGCAGGGAAGGCGAGUGGUGUGCUACGACGACAGGUUCAUCGUGAAGCUGGCUUUCGAGUCGGACGGGAUCAUCGUGUCCAAUGACAACUACAGGGACCUGGCCAACGAGAAACCCGAGUGGAAGAAGUUCAUCGACGAGCGGUUGUUGAUGUACUCGUUUGUCAACGACAAGUUCAUGCCCCCUGAUGACCCCCUCGGCAGACACGGCCCGAGCCUGGAUAAUUUUCUGAGGAAGAAACCUAUUGUUCCUGAACACAAAAAACAGCCUUGUCCAUAUGGGAAGAAGUGCACGUACGGCCACAAGUGCAAGUACUACCACCCCGAGAGGGGCAGUCAGCCGCAGCGGUCAGUGGCCGACGAGCUCCGGGCCAUGUCCAGAAACACCGCGGCCAAAACCGCCAACGAGGGCGGGCUGGUGAAGAGCAACAGCGUCCCCUGCACCACGAAAGCAGACAGUGCCUCGGACGUCAAGCGCGGCGCUCCCAAGAGGCAGUCGGACCCCAGCAUAAGGACUCAAGUCUACCAAGACCUCGAGGAAAAGCUGCCCACCAAAAACAAAUUGGAAACCAGGUCUGUACCUUCUUUAGUUAGCAUCCCGGCGACUUCGACCGCAAAACCCCAAAGCACUGCGUCUCUAAGCAAUGGCCUUCCAUCCGGAGUUCACUUCCCACCUCAGGAUCCAAGACCACAGGGGCAGUAUCCUCCGAUGCUGAUGGCAACCAAAAAUCACGGCGCGCCCAUGCCUUACGACCAGUACCCCAAAUGCGACUCGCCGGUGGACAUCGGGUACUACUCCAUGCUGAACGCCUACUCGAACCUGAGCCUGUCCGGCCCGCGCAGCCCCGAGCGGCGUUUCUCCUUGGACACGGACUACAGGGUGAGCUCCGUGGCCUCCGACGGCAGCAGCGAAGGCAGCGUGAGCUGCGGGAGCAGCGACUCGUACGUGGGCUACAGCGACCGGUCGUACGUCAGUUCUCCCGACCCGCAGCUGGAGGAGAACUUGAAGUGUCAGCACGUGCACGCGCACAGCCGCCUUAAUUCCCAGCCCUUCCUGCAGAACUUCCACGACCCCGUGGCCAGAGUGCAGAGCUACGGCCACGAAGAACCAAAGUACCACCCCAAGCCGCCGCUCCCGCACCUGGCCGUGCACCUGCAGCACCCCGCCGUGGGCGCCCGCGCCAGCUGUCCCGGCGACUACCCGUCCCCGCCCGGCUCCGCCCACUCCAAGGCCCCGCACCUGGGGCGCGCCCUGGUGGCCACCCGGCUAGACAGCAUCUCCGACUCGCGGCUCUACGACAGCUCGCCCUCCCGGCAGAGGAAGCCUUACUCGCUCCAGGAGGGGCUGGGGGGCUGGGAGAGGCCGGGGUACGGCGUGGACGCCUACGGCUACCGGCAGACCUACUCCUUGCCCGACAGCUCCACGCAGCCCUGCUACGAGCAGUUCACCUUCCAGAGCCUCCCCGAGCAGCAGGAGCCCGCCUGGCGCGUGCCCUACUGCGGGCCGCCCCCGGACCCCCCGAGGUACCAGGACAGCCGGGAGAAGAUCUACGUCAACCUGUGCAACAUCUUCCCGCCCGAGCUCGUGAGGACGGUCAUGAAAAGGAACCCUCACGUGACAGACGCCCAGCAGCUGGCGGCGGCCAUUCUGGUGGAGAAGUCCCAGCUGGGUUACUGAGGGACGAUGCAUCUUCGAGGUGUGGAGUCGUUUUUCGUUCAGCUCAAAGGCUGAGGGAGGUUUGCUACAAUAGCACAUGUGAUCUCCUUCUGGGCAAGGAGGUUCUAUAGUAUCCAUUUCUGUGAAGUACUGUAUCAUGGAAUCUGUACGUGUGGUCCCCACGUAGUGGACGUAUCACGGGAUUGCUUUACGUGGAAACGUUGUCGUCUUCGUCGUCGGUUUUUUGUUUUUCUGUUUUUUUUUAACAUUUCCUUUUUAAAGCUAUAUCCUUGGCUGGAAAUUUCUCCAGUUUGGUUUAUUAGAUGUCUCUGUGAUCUUUGAUAUUCCUCUUUGGUGCAUCAGGGGUUUAUAUGCAGCACUUUUUAUCCUUGUUUCGUGUUUUCUUAACUUGGUGUUUGUCUAUCAAUUGCGAGCAAUUACAAUACCUUCCGAACGUUGAACAUUUGACUAGACCCUAGCCAACUAUUUUUUCAAGCCAAGCUUAAUUGGAAUCUUUUACAGCUUUUUAAGUUAUUUUUAUUUGGGGAAAGUGGGCUUCUUUGUGCUAUAAUCAUUAUUUAUAGAAACCAAGAUAUACUAUCACACUGACUUUCUAUUUUAAACAAAAUGGAAGUUACCAGUUAACAUUGAAAUGGGUAACCGUCUAUAUAUUAGAAUGAUUGACAAUAUGGCACUUUGUUUUAUUUUUGUUUGGAUUUUUUUUCCCCUGUUAAGUAAUGAGUUAAGAUGGUUGAUUUAAAGGAAAGCAGAUGCAAUCAAUGGGAAAAAAUGGUUUCCAUUUUAUUUCUUUUUCAUACGGAAUAAGGCAAAGAGCCGUGGGUGCUCCAGCGUAGAGCUCUGUUACCCAGCCGUGAUGUGCUUCUAGACGGUGGAAAUGGAAUUGAAUUCCCAGCUUCUCCGUAACCGGUGUUUUUAAUGUAUUCAUCUUUUCGUUUCGGGGGCACAACAAGACUGGAUAAAAUAACCCUUUCACAAUACUUGCCUGUUUUUAAUGAAUCUAAUUAUUCUCAAUGCAACUUUUAUAUUUAAUAUACUCAUUAGCUUUCCUGCUAUUUAUCAAGGCUGGCCUGAGGGGGGUUGUGCGUUGAGGGUAUGCAAAGCUGACCAGCACUGCACUAGAGGGAAGCGGGGAGGUGUGCUCGGCAGUGGUAACUUCAGACGUUUGUAAGAUAGUGUAUAUUUCCCAUUUUCCUGAAGGUAGUUUUUUUGGGGGGGUGGGGGCUGUUAUAUUAUUAAGGCCAGAUUCUUGCCACAAAUAGUGUAGUUUUAGCUACAGACUAAAGUCUGUUCUAGUAUUAGUAAGGGAUAUUUCUGGUUUCAAAGUCAUGGGUUUUGCUCGAUGCGAAUUCAUUUUUGUCCUGUGAAGAUGGACGUCGCAGGGGGCGGCAGACGGCGCUGUGGUUGGGAGGGCCUCACUGUGGUGUCCAGGCUUUGACUUGUGUCUGGUGUGACAGACUCCUCGGCUCUGUCUGUCGUCUGCCUCGAGGCCCCGGUUAUUCUGACCGUCCUACACGCUGCAGUUUGAAGUAAGGCCCUGAAAAGCCAGAACGUACCUUUUACUGUUGAUACAAAUUGUAUCUUUUUAACUCUAAGAACUAUUUUGAUUUGUAGAUCUAGUGAAAACACAAAUGUGUAACUAUGAUUAGACUUUUGGGCAACAUUUUAUCCCUUAUUUAAAAACAAAAUUUUAAAGUAAAAUUGAGGUCUAGAAUAGGGUAGAGCAUAAAAAGUAACAAUUUAGGUAAAUAAAAGUGUCUGUGUUAGUUUUAUAUAAUACAUUAAAAUCUAUUAAAUACAUUUAUUGGCAUUUUCUUUCUCCUAAAACUUACCUAGUGAGAACUUAAAAAAAUAAAGGUAAAAUGCUGCCUGAAAAUAAUGUCCAAGCACCUUUGACUAGGAUAACAUUUUCACUACUUGUGUGACACCGUGUGUCGCAUGAAGUAGGAUUUGGGUACACAGUAAAUGCUUCUAAAAGGCAUUGUGCAUAUUGACAUAUCCAAUAAUCUGAACCGUGUUCAGCAAACUUAAUUCAGGAAAGUGGUGUUCUACACAAUUAUUGCUGUUGUUUUUGGGGUCAGCGUGGCCCCCGUCUGUGCCCGGAAACAGUGCGGGCGGCGCCACGCCGACCCUUCUGCGUGGAGUCUGAGUGGGACUCUGUCCGAGUUUCAGUGCAGAGGCUACAUGAGCGCCACGGCUGCGGUCACCAGCGUGGAGUACCUUUCACAGUGGUCCUGUUCUGAGCGUUUUGUUGUUUUUUUUUUUUAAGUGUGAAAUCAUUUUUAAAUUCUAGGUUUUGCUUCCAUUUUCUUAGGUUUAGCAUUUCCCUUAUCUGAAGGUUCUGCCAAACUUUACUACAUUUAUUUAAAUGAGGCCUUUGGUGAAAUGUCCUACUUCUCGUGUGACCUGCCCGUGUGUGUAGCUGUCUGUCACUGCUUCCUGGCUUCUAGACGGAGGCAAAAUAGUGUGGCCUGUCCCGGCCUGUCCUGAAGAGCUCUGACCUACUCACACUGAAAUUCUUCGGUAUAAUUCACUGUGAGUUACGAAAUAGCAAUUUUCUUAGGUCACGAGGACGGCUCGUCCCCCUCUCUCAUGUCUUUUCACCACCCAUGUUGCUUUCAGAGGUUAAGAAGGAGAUGGUUGGCAGACUUUAGAUACAGCGAAUUCUUAAUUAUCUAAAGCAAUAAGUAAAAGGUCCAUCAUUAAUUGAAGUGUGUAGCUGGUCCCGAACCUUCACUGUUGCCAAAACUUUCACCUUUAUCCUGUCUUUCACCAGACUUGCUAAUAAAUAACUGGAAAGGGAGGGAGGUAAGUAGGAAAACUGCUCCAAGCGGUCAGCUGAGAGACGAGAAUGAAUUCAGACUGGAAUAUUCUGCCCUGAAUGACAGACAAUUGACUGUACUUUGCACAGUAACUAGCCGGUUCCUUGUCUCUGUCUCGGGACAGAGGGAGUAGCAUCCGGCUGGCCAGGUACUGGCCGUCAGCGUUUCCUCCUUUCUUGCACGUGAUAACCUAAGUUUUCAGUCUCUGUAUGAUCUCUGUAUCCUGAUAGAGUUUGUCAUUGACCUCAAUAUUUGAAAGAAAUGCACACCAGUAUAAAAUGUUUGAUACUGGUAGAAACUUGAACUUUGUGCUUUUAUGAAAUUUCCUUUAUGAGAAUAUGUAAUAGAACUAAUAAGAGCAGUUUUAUAUGUACAUAUACAUACAUGCAUACCUAUUUGUCAUGAAGUAGUAAACGCAGGAGGGUGUCCGCCUUCAGGGGCUAACGUUCCCUUCGCUGAGCUCUCUUUCUCCGAGUUGCAGAUGACCAAGCCUGGAGUCUGGCCGACCAAUGAUAAGAUUUAGAACCACUUGAAUGGAAAGCAACUCAUCAAUGGUUUUAUUCCUGGUAUUUUUAAAGAGUUAUUUUGAUAAUUUUAAUAGAAUGUGUAAUUUUAAAACAAAAAACAACUUUAAAGUAGUAUUGAUUAUACAGAUAAUUAUUUAACAUGUCUUUUAUGGAUGUAUCUAUGUAUAUGGACAGUAAUAUAUUUAUAAAACAAAUAUCCUUUGAUGACAUUGUAGCUGUUAGUGUGUGAUAGGCUAGAGGCUGCCUCCUGACCGGGAGGGGUGUGUGUGCCGAAAACUCUCUAGCUGUUUUCCCCCAAGGUAAGGGCACUGACCCUAAGGUGUAUUUGGUUUUCGUUCUCAUUUUUGCUAUCCAACUUCCUUCUUAUAAGAUGAGCUUCCUAGGUAUACACCAGCCAGUCGCCUGGAGUAUGAUAUACAUGAACUGCACACGCACAUGAGAGUAAGCAGAGUUAAUAAAAGUAAGGAAACAUGCGUUUUUUGCAAUUGGUCCGGGAAACUCCCUAGGACAGAGGUGGACAGGCUUUUCUGUAAAGGAUCAGUCACUGAUUCAGGCUUUGAGAAUCACACGUGCUCUAUCAACUGCUUACCUCUGCACUUAGAGCAUGACAGCAGCCACGGGCAGGAACAUCCAUGAGCCGUGUGGCCGGGCAGCAAUAGAACUUGACUUAGAGACCCGGUGGCCGGCCAGUCCACUCAUCUCUGUCCUAGAGGGAGAAAAACAGGCAUGUGAAGCAGUGAGCUCUGAAGCAGGUUAACCUAAGAAGUGAGAACCGUAUUUCAGUUGAUGCUAUUGAUGGUCUUCAGAAGAAGAUUGUGAGUCCCUCCUAUUAAAGCAUCUUAACUUACUUGUUUAUUCAGCCACACUCAUUACAUGUUAGAGACGUUUCGUAAUGUUUAACCACACACACAGAGCAUUCGGUCAACAGAUGUUUUACUAAGCAUUGAAUUUUUUUCAUGAACUUCGUAUUUCUAUUAAGAAAUGGGAACACCUUGCCUACAUUUUCGGUUUUAAGGGCCUUACGGACCAAAAAUUCUGUUGUUAUUUGAAAUUUAGCAUGUCAUUAGCCACAAAAUACUUUAAAGACUGCAUUUAUCCGUUACAUCUUUCUGGGUUUUCAACUUCUAAAAAAAAAAAAAUGACAGAUAUGCCCUUCUUUAUAAGUGGUUUUAAAAAAGAUCAACAUAUUGUAAUUUCACGUACUAUAGCUUUAUUCUGUAAGACUUGCAAUUGUGACUAGUGUAACUGUAGCAAUAACGUGAGUGCAUUGGCUGUAUUGUGGCUUUCUUUAUACAGAACCAAGUGUAUCCCUGCUUCCUCUGUCCAGAUCUUUAGUGUAGAUUCUUGAGACACCUCAGGACUGUCCUCGCUGAAUAUUCUGAACAUGGUCACGUGUGGGUUUAAAUUCAUCGGCACUACACACCGUGGGGCACGUUCACUCACAGCGCUUUACCAGUGCUGGUCACGUCUUCACGCCCUUCCCCAGGAACAUUAAAUAGUUUUGAACAUUCCCAUCCACUUGAGUUACACCGGAUUUUAAAAUUGGAAUAGACUCUAGCCUGGGACAGCAUUUACUGUUGGAAACGGUCACUUUUCCCCCUUUAAUGCCAUCGCUCCCGUCACAUUAACACUGUCAUGUGGUAGGAGUCGCUUUGCCCCUAAGGUCCGCAGCCUUUAAGAUUGAAAAACAGUUUAAGGUUUUGACCAUUCCGCAGUCAAAAAUUUUCGGAAGAGCCAGUGCAGGUCUUAAAUUAGUUUUAUAAAAGUUGGAAAAUUCCACUUUUCAACCAUAAACCAAAUCUGCCACUUGUCUCUCUAGGUAUUUCGGAUGAAUAACCAAUGGUGUGCUGUCCCUUAAAGCUUUUGGCCCCUCUCUUAAAGCAGCUUCUGUCUCUAGGGAAAAAGACCGUGAAAAGCAGUGGCUUGUUUGUAAGCGGUUUAUGUGUUAGACUUUUUUAAAGUCUGUGUUUCCCAGCCCAAACCGGAUACCACGAGCCUGCCGGCCUGCUCAGGAUGUGAGCACAGCGCCGUGCGUGGCCACAGGCUCCUCGCGGCCCCUCCUGGGAGGCGGCUUCUCCCCGAACCGCGGCGGCGUGCCCACAGGAACCCCCAUUCGGUCCUUCAGAAUUUUCUUCAAGGAUGUUUAGAACAACCAUUGGACAAACUGAUGUGAUUCUAUUUAUCCUAUGUCUGCUCUGUGUGUUUCUGUAUUAGAAUUUUUACAACUCCAAAAAAAAGCAGUAUUUUAGACCUACUGGAAAUUCCUAUCAAAACAGCUAUGUGAUUCUGCCACUGAAAAAAAAAUUAAAAAGUUCCUUUUUUCCA